ACGUUCUAUGGUGCUCUUGGAUAGUAUACAACGUGGUCGAGCCUUUUCUAUCGCCACUAAUCUUGACGCCCAUCUAAAAGCCAGAUCUCAUCAGAAUCUGCAACGAGUGUUAGAGUGGCUGGAAUCUGAAGAGUAUGGUGCCAGCCCUGAGGAGGUUAGCCACUACAAGGCGCAGUGCCAUGCCAUCUACCCCAGGGCCCAAGCCUUCAAGCCGCCACAGACUGCUUCCACUUCUGUGAACGACUCCACUAGCGACUCAACCACUAUAACCACACCCUCCACGACGACCACAGCCAACCAUAAUCAUGUGGACUUUCCCAGCAGCUGAGGCUGACUGCUAAUACCAGCCACCAAGGCCGUGCAAGGUGCCGAGGCCUUGAAAGUGAUGUAAAUGCCAGGUGAAAGUGAGAUGCAGUUUAGAGUUGGUUAAACCCAGGAAUAUCAAAAUUCAAAACAGAAAUGUAUGCUGUCAAGCCUCCAUAACUCGAGCCUCAAGAAACAGCAGAACAAGUGAUAGAGUAAUACAUAAAUCCUGAUAAAAACUGUUGGUCUUGACAGUUACACAGACUUCGAGUAGAGAACAUGCUGGUUUUGUCCAAGGUCGAAUUAUGAGCGUUGACUCAUACAUCGUUCUCCAACUUCCACUGAUUACUUGAAUCUUCCUCCUCAUUAAUACUUUAUAAUUUUGAACCUGCUUUGUUGUUAAACAAACACUAGGUUGAAUGUUUUAAUAUAUAUAUAUAUUCACAAACACUAGGUAUUUGCAAAUUAUGAAUCAAUUAAGCCUUCAGAGUUCCUGUUUUUAAGUAAGUCUUGACAUGCCUGUGAGAGAUGGGUUAUUUAUUAAUGUAUUGGUACUCUUUGUUUCCCAUACUUGAUCAUCCGUUGCAAGUGGCACUGAAUCAACCACUCCAGAUGCAGCCAAGUGGCCCUUUAGUGUGUGUGUGUUUGUGAUUUAGGCGGAGGAAUGGCUGACAGGCAGACAAACUAAACUAGUCGACUGACUGACCGACCGACGGGGACAUUUACACAUGCACGGAGAGAUUUUGACGAACCUGAAACUGUCGAGGCUGCACCUUGGCGUUUGUUCCAUUUUGGUGUUCCAAAGAAGAUAGUGAACCCGUUGCACCCUAGCAAGCAGGUAGUUGGAACAAAGUGCUCCAGAAGGACUUGGGUAUCCAGACUCCAUUGUUGUUACUGAGCUAUUGGUAAAUGCAUUUCCAGCAAGUUUGGCGUGUGCCUCAGAAUCCUUGAUAUUUUGUAAAUUUAUAAUUACCUUACAGAGUAUGUAGGAGUAAGUUCAUAACCAAGCACUUUUAAUUUGAUGCACUCAGAUAGAAUUUUUUUUCUACAAUGUUUGUAUAUGGGUACAUUCCACAUUCAUAGUCAGAUGUUCAUGACUCAUUUUCUGUGAGCAACUUGAUUAUGUGCCUUUGUAUUCCCCGUGUUAUGUUGGUGCCCAAGAAGUGCCCACCUGUUGAAUUAAGGCUCCUACACAAAAUUACUGUUGUUGUAUAUGGAGAGAUGCAAGUCUAACAACACCUUUGAUGUCGGGAUAGCUGAGUGUAAUUAUAAAGACAGUGUCUGGAUUCUGACUUGGCAUUAAGAAAUCCAAAACCUUAGAAAAAAGAAAAGAAAAUACCUUCAGGGUGGGGGGGGAAAAAAAAAUACUCAUGGAACUGGAGUUGGGCUUCUUGUCGCGCCGUGCUCAAGCGGUUUUUGACUCGGAAGAAAUUGGCUGUGGGUUGAGAAAGCGAGGAAUUCAGCGUUGAUGUGCCAUGGGUACGCCGUGUGAGUUCAGGGUAUUUGGCUGCAGUAUUUUGGAUUUACGCUUACUGUAAUGAGAUAGCCACAUACAUACCCAAGUUUCGUUCACACGCAAUAUGUAUUACUGGCAUUUUAAUGGGUAUAAAAAGAUGCAUUCAUUUUGUACAUAUAUAUUAAAAAGCUGGCCUGAACAUGCUGUCAAGAUAGGCAAUACAUUUCCGGCAAUAGGAGAGAAGGGAUGACUGUCGCGUCGCCGUAGUUAACGUCUUAAUAGUCAGCGAGCGGCCGUCCAGGGGCCAGAGGGUCGGGAGGGAAGGGAGCCAACAGCAACACCCUUUUGUUCACGCCGGAGGGAGGAACCGCGACAGGUGGUUCACUUUACGCGGACGCUCCGCCACUUUCACGUCCGGCGGUUCGCCCAGGCUUCACUCGUCAAUGGCUUUUAAUCCGUUUUAGAAGGGUUCUACAUAUAUAUAAAAACCACAUAUGCAAGUGUUUCGACGGAAGACACGGCCCGCCCCACCCAUGAACCCGUACCCCCCUCUACCCACCCUCUCGUAAGUGCGAAACGCAAGCCACGGGCAGCUCCUUCCCCAGAGCAUCGUCGACCACCACUGUGUGCGUGUGUCUAGGGGGUUGGAGUCCUGGCUGGGUGAUGGUGCGUCUCACUCAUCAGGUAAUGCAUUUAUCGAGUAGUGAAAUGAUCUUUUUUUUGUUUAAAUGGUAACUUGUCUUUUUAUAUACGUAUAUACUGUGUUCUUACCUGUAUUUCAGUUCAUUUUGUUUUCAAUUAAUGGAGAUUUUUUUUUUUUUUUUUUUUUUUUUUUUUUUUUUUUUUUUUUUUUUUUUUUUUUUCUUCUUCUUUUUAAGCAGAUGGAAAUUGCCCCAUUUGCCGCCUUGUCAUAUGCCAUUGUAAUGUUAUCAUGAUCAUCAUUCUUAUUUUUGUCAUGAUUAUAAUUUCAGCUCUCACUAUAUUUUUAGUGAGCAAUAUUCAAGUAUGUAUAUACGAGAACUUCAUUUCAGCGAAAAGUACAUCAGCAAAGGGGACUGGGGGAGGGUAUUGGGGGGAGGGGGGUAAGUGAGCCCUUCACUUUUUUAAAUCAUUUCAACCUUUUUUUUUUUUUUUCCAAGUGAAAAGGGCUUCGACAGACCCUCCAGUGGGCCGAGUCAAGGAGGGUCAGUGGACUCACUUGCAGACCCACAUUUGCCAGGCAUAUUACCGUCUUGUUCUAUUCCGGCUGUUGAAAAAAAAAAAAAAAAGUACAGUUAAUAGAAGAAUAAAAGAGAUUAAAAAGAUUAAAAAAAAAAAAAACUUUGAAGGUUUGGUUGUUGCAUAGUUCUGGUACAGCUAGUCACAAAGGGGAGAUGAUUAUUUCUUUUUUUUUUUUCUUUUUCUUUUUCUUUUCUUCUUUUAUAUAUAUAUAUUUCAUUUGCGAGAGCUUUUUUGCGCUUCAGUUGAACAUAAUUGUAUCCAAUUCGUUUAUCAACAGCGACUUCAGGAUAUCAUCAGUUUUAUUUUAUUUUAUAUUCAUUUUUAUUUUUUUUUUCUUAUUCGUUGUUGUUGUUGUUGUUGUUGUUGUGGAAAAAAUUAUGUACUUAUACACCACGUCGCACCACGCCACUUUACGCUGCUCCCUGUCAGGGUUCUUGAAUCUUCCCCCAAUAUGAACAAUUUGUAAUCUUGUCAUUCAUUGCAUUGGAUGGACCACCUCUUCAUCUCAUUCAUAGUUGGGAACCUGAAUAGACUCUACGGAACGUUAUCAAUCGAUUCCGAAGCUUUGUCGGUUUGUACAGAAAACUCGAGUAAAGAGAAAAAAAAAAAGAAAGAAAGAAAAAAUUAAGUGGAGAGAAAUCAAGGAAAAGAAAAAAAAGUAUAUAUAUAUGGCUCGUCAAAGGAAUGGAGAGAUUCAUCACAGUGGAGAAAGAAAGUGCUCAUCGUAUGUUUAUCGUUUGUUAUUGUUGUUAUUAUUUUGAUUUGUGUUAUGGUCAUUGUGAUAUUGUUUUCCAGUAUUUUAUUUUUGUCUCUGUCGAUGGAUAAGUUUUUUUUUUUUUUUUUUUUUCCAUUUUUCAUCCUUUUUUUUUUUUAAGUUUGAUAAUGUUCUCAUUAGGUUGUUUCAGAAAAAAAAGGGAUGGAUUAAUAAAUGAAUUAUUGUAUAUUCUCUACGAGAUGUAAUAUUAAAAAGCCUCAGGUGAUAUGCUAAUGAGAUGAGGGCACUGUAUGUACAUGGACUGUUCGGUGUUUGAGUUGCCUGCCUGGGUACCACCCUAUUUUGAUACAUUUUUCAGUGUCAUUAUAGAUAGGCAGAAGACCCUGAAAAUAGGGACUUGAAAUAAAUCUAAAACCUGUA